GCACUUCAGCAAGGCUGGCUCGGCGGAACCAUUGAGCAACAUGCUGCAAGAGACCGUGGGAAUGAAAAAAGUGUGACACGCUUACCCAACGCUAGCUGCAGGAAUGUGAGAAAAGGCUCUUUGACCAUGGUGUGAAGGGGGUAAACCAAAGAUGGCCACCCGCCGUAUUCCUCUGGUUUUGCUAGCCUGCGGUUCCUUUAACCCCAUCACCAACCAGCACAUGAGGCUGUUUGAGCUGGCCAGAGACCACAUGCACAGCACAGGCCAGUACCAGGUGGUGGGUGGCAUCGUGUCCCCGGUGAGUGAUGGAUAUGGCAAGCAAGGCCUGGCCCUGGCAAAGCACAGAAUUGCUAUGGCAAAGCUGGCACUCCAGAGCUCUGAUUGGGUAACAGUUGACGAAUGGGAGAGCCAGCAGCCAGACUGGACGGAGACGGUGGUCACCAUGAGACAUCAUUAUGGGCGUAUUCUAAAGCAGUAUGAGCAAAUCACAGGGAAAGACAAAGACGCCAAUGGAAACAUCCUCCCCCUCUCAAGCCCGUCUCCUCAGCUGAAGCUGCUGUGCGGAGCCGAUUUCCUGGACACCUUCAAGAUCCCAGGUCUGUGGCAGGAAGAGCAUGUGGAGGAGGUAGCAGGACGUUUUGGCCUUGUUUGCAUCAGCCGGGGGGGGCUGCAGCCUGAACGGGCUGUGCAUGAGUCGGACACACUUUCCCGCCACCAACAGAACAUUUUUCUGGUCAGGGAGUGGGUGAGGAAUGAGACAAGUGCUACGGAGGUGCGCCGGGCUCUGAGACGCAGUCUUAGCGUGAAAUACCUGAUCCCGGACUCUGUGAUAGAAUAUAUUUACCAGCACAACCUCUAUACAGAAGACAGUGAGAGGAAGAACAAGGGUACGGUGCUCAGGCCGCUCACAAAGCAGGCAGGACUGCCUGUGAAGAGUUUGGAUGACUGACUGAUAGACCGACUGCUGUGCCAGACAAAGGCUGUGAAAACCAUUGCUGAAUGGAGUUGAACAUGGGACUCUUUGAAAUGCCCAGAUCUGUGAUUUUCACCAGUUUUUGGAUGGUUCCACUCAACUGCAGUGUUGAAGGGGUUUGAAAAACCAUAAUAAUUUAAUAUCUUCAAAGAAAGAGAAGCAUGUUUGGCCUGAAUGUGGUCUCCAGGCAUCGCCUAUUUUCAGUGGAAGGCUCCUAAGCUGUUGUGUCGUGUUAGUGUUUCAUUUUGACUCACACACACGUGUUGCUGCUGUUUGUGCCACAGUAUAACUGACCAUAAAAAGCUCAGAUUGUUGUGAUGAUUAUGAAGCUGAGCAAGCUGGGAUGAUAAUCAAAUGAACAUUUAAUUUUGUCUGCUGAAAGUGUUACAUCGUGGGUAUUUUUUCAUAUUGUGCAUCACUGUGUGUAGUGAGAUUGAAAUAAAAUCCUCUAUGUUUGGAGUA